UCUUCUCUCUCAGUCUCUUUGAUCUGCUAUUAUGAUCACAUCAUCUUUGGAUUAUCCUUCAAUAGCUUUGAGCCAAUCAAAUGGAAAAGUAUAAGCUGGGUGGCAGAUAAGUGGGCCAAAACUCAUGGUGGAAGCCUUCCAUCAACUAGGGAAGAGAAAAAGGAGUUCAAGGAACUGAUAAGAGCCAGGAUGAGAGCAAUGGAUAAAGACAACUACAAAGAAGCAGUUGAGGCGUCAUUUAAAGUAUUUGCUCCUCGGGGUAUUA